UGUUCUCUCGCUGAAGAAGCCGAGCAGUUGAAGGCACAGCUGGGAGCCACCGUGCAGGUGUGCCAGGAGCUUUUGGGACGGCUGGAGAAAGAGAAAAGCAAGACAUCCAUGACGGAUCAGAGAACUCAAGCAAAUGAGACAAAAGAUUCCCCUGAAGUUCCCCAUCUAAAUGUCAUCCUCAGCAAGUUAGAAGAUGAGAACGACCAGCUUAAAAAGAGAGUUGCAUAUGUGGAAAGUUUAAACUCAAAGUGGCAGAAGUACGACUCCAGUAGAGAAGAGUACGUGAGGGGUUUGUGUCAGAAGUUGAAAGAGUCAAACGGUCUGGCAUGCGCAGGUCCGACCCUGACCCAAACUCCGGCUGCGGGCAACGUGGCUUUGUUCCAGCAGGAGAUUGCGCGGCUCAACGGCCUCCUGCAGGACAAGAUGAUGGAGUGCGAGAGACUCAGCAGAGAGAGGGAUGACAGUAAAAGGAUAGACCAGGAGCGCAUUCAGAUGCUUGAGCAGCAGGUUUUGGCCUAUAUUGAGGACUUCAAAUCGGAGAGGGCAGACCGAGAAAGGGCUCAGGGUAAAAUCCUGGACCUUCAAGAUGAAGUUGGGCGACUUCAACUGCAAAUACGCACACAGAGCGUCCAAGAGGCCUCAUCCUCACGGCGACUUCACAUGGGCCUAAAAAAAGUUCCCCACCGACAGACGGACACUGCCGAACCCCGAAGAAACAGUCCCCCAGAAACAAGCUCAAAAAGGUCCAUCAGUAACACGGCACCGCAGGGAGCCGCUGAACUGCAGUGCCCUCGCUGUCUCACCACGUACGACGACGAGCACGCGACCGAAUACCUAAACCACUGGGACGAGUGUGCCAAGCUGUGAGUCUCUCACCUCACUGACUUUUCACAGGGCACAGAAAGCACUGAGGACAGAAUCACUACAAGCUUGCAGACUAUGGGAUGUUUGACAGGGUGUUGAUGAAGGCAGGGCCACGUUUAAACAGGAUGGAGUCGAAGGAAGAGCUUUUUCGUUUUUUUAUUUUAAGACUUGGCUUUUCGAUUGUGGGCUUGGUUGAUGUUUAGAAGGUCGCUUGUGGCAUAGGACUCAAGAUAUGACUUUGGGUUGGUCAUUCCCAGUUCAAAGGCUUACUCACAUGGCUGUCAUUGAACGCAGAUGGUUUGGUUAUGAAAAGUUAUUCAAUCUCAAGCACUUGUGGUUUAUAAGUCACUGGGUUUUGUCACUUGUUUGGUAUUAUGGUUUUCAGCAUAGUACAUUUUGUCUAAGAGUUUCAAUCAAAUUUUGCUUAAUACUGUAUUGCAGAUCUGUGUAUAAUUCAGAUGGAUCGUAAAAUUGGUAUCAUAUACCUCACCAAUAUGUAUUCUCUUUAUCAGCUGGUUUGCACUUUUUGCUAUUUUAAUUAUUGCCAAAUACAGAUGA